CCAUUUUCCAUCUCCUUCAGGUGAAAUUCAUCCAUGACCAGUGUUCCCCCAACCCCAAGUACCGCGGUUUCUUCCAUGGCGUGAGGGAGAUCGUUCGGGAACAAGGUCUGAAGGGCACCUACCAGGGCCUGACCGCCACCGUGCUGAAACAAGGCUCCAACCAGGCCAUCCGAUUCUUUGUCAUGACCUCCCUUCGCAACUGGUACCGAGGGGAUGACCCCAACAAGCCCAUGAACCCCGUGGUGACAGGAGUGUUCGGAGCCAUUGCUGGGGCUGCCAGCGUCUUUGGAAACACACCGCUGGAUGUGAUCAAGACCCGGAUGCAGGGCCUGGAAGCUCAUAAGUACAAGAGCACAUGGGACUGUGGCUACCAGAUCAUGAAGCAUGAGGGCCUCAAGGCCUUCUACAAGGGCACCGUGCCCCGCCUGGGCCGGGUCUGCCUGGACGUGGCCAUCGUCUUCAUCAUCUACGACGAGGUGGUCAAACUCCUCAACAAAGUGUGGAAGACAGACUGAGGCAGAGGCUGCUGCUGGACAGCCCCACAGCCCAGGACACGGGCCUGGGGCGGGCAGGAGGCCAGAGGCUUGUUGGGGCUGGGCCCCAGGCUCUUGGAGCCCUGACCCUGCUUUAUCUAUUCCCAAGAGCCCCUGGGGCCAGGGUCCAUGGCAGACAAGGGGGCUUGAGCCCAGGCUGCCCGGGGAAGGGGUCUCCCCAGCUCUGGCCCCCUUCCCCACUCCCCACUGUGAGUAGAGCAGAGGCUUGACUGGCCUUCAUGUACCCACCCUUUGGCCUCUGUCCUGCCUCUACUUCCUCCUCCCCCUCCAUCUUUCUUCUGAGACAUCCGGGGGAAGGGUCUAGCUCCCCCUGCACCCCCCAAGGCUCCCAUGAUUCCAGUGCGACGUGCCAAACAGAUCUUGUCCUGUGGAUUCCGUGUUGGUGUCUGUGUUCUGUGUUCCAUGUUUCGUGUGUAUCCGUGUGUCUGUGUCUUAAUGUGUGUGUCCACCGCUGGUUCUUCCGGCUCUCUUCCCAUUGACCAUGACCACCACCAAUAAGCCCGUGCCUUCGGAGCUCCAGGCCUCCCUGGGAGAGGAGGCAGGGGAAUCCCCCCAGGGAGCAGGGGGCCACUCCCCAGGACCAAAUCCUUCUCUUUCCCUGGGCUGGGGAGAGCGUGAGAUCCCAGCCCUGCCCCCGCCACGCCACACACCAAAGCUGCCUCUGGGGGUGCGGCCCCCAAAGCCAUCGGUGCCCUUACCCUGGGCCUGUGGGGUCCCCACCACUCCGGCUUGGUGGGGGCUAGGCUGAGCCACAUGUCAUGGGACCAAGGUCUUUGUGUGUGGCGGGGGAAAGGGGGAAGCAGAUUGGGUCCCUAACCUGAGCAGGACGGGCCCCUCCACCCCAGUCCACUUCCUGCCACUUUCUCAGGUUUUCCAAUAGAAUAAACCGGAAACUGGUGUUGGA